AUGUUUUGACAGCUAGCACACGCACGCACGCACGCGUUCAAGGCCAUUCAUUUGUUUACCGACAAAGUGUGACAUUCGUCGGCAACUGAAGAACGACGCAGCAGCUGCACCACACCGCACUUUUUUCCGCAAUUAUUCGGCAAUUUACGCGUGCAGCGGUUUCCAUUUGGCACACAAACUCAGAACCGGCCUCAAAAUUGAUUCGCCCGGCAUGGUUUCUACCCGUGGCCAUAACACGAAGUACAAAUUUUGCGAUGGCGAAAAGGUGCUGUGCUACGAGCCGGAUCCAACCAAAGCGAAGGUCCUGUACGAUUCAAAGGUGCUGGAAGUGUCCGAAGGUAAAGACAAGCGGGGCCGGCGUAUCGUAGAAUACCUGAUACACUUCCAGGGCUGGAACUCAUCCUGGGAUCGGAAAGUGAGUGAGGAUUUCAUCCUAAAGGACACGGAAGAGAAUCGACAGCUACAGAAGGAUUUGGCGGAAAAGUCUCAGCUCUACCAAGGUGGAUAUUUGUAUCGCAAGGAGCGGAAAAAACAGCGCGCCAAAAGUUUAACCGAUCGCAUCGAAAGCUUAACGAGUGCAAAGUCCCAUCCGAUUAAUCCGUCGUCGGAAGAUGGAAGCUCGUGCAGUAAUGGAUUUAGUAGGGACGAAAAUGAAUACAACAUUGAUGAUAUGGACGAAUACUACAGCAGCUCUGUUGAGAGCUCACAUGAGGAAGAAAAGGUUUACCUUCAGGCCGGCAACAAAUUUCGCAAACAUCUAGACCUCGACCACCACCUAAUCGUGUCCGAGGGCAUGCUGGUGGAACUGCCGGUCAAGCUGCCGGUGGUAACGAUAUUGGAAGACUUUGUCCGCUACUACACCAUCCGCCAGCUGUUUGAGUGUGGUCAUCAGGAGCAAACAAAGUCCCGGCGACGCAACAGCUCUGCCUUACGCAGCGAACACAAAAUACGCGACUACGAGCAGAUUCGUACGAACGUAGAAUUGUGCAAAGAAGUGGCAGAUGGAUUGCGCGUAUACUUCGACUUUACGCUUCAGGACUAUCUGCUGUACCCGCAGGAAAAAGCGCAAGCCCAGAUCGUUCUUUCCGAGGAGAAUCUGCGCAACUUUACCUACAUAGCAUCGCAGGAUCUAUCGCUGGACAUGUUGACCGUACGGCUCGAAUCACCUACGGUAGAUGUGCAUCAGCCGCUGAGCGAACAUUCCGACCAGUCGACAUCGGCCGCAUCGGCCGAGGAACGGAGGCGACGACGGUUACGCUCGCACAAAAACGAAGAGAACGAGUUUGUGCUGGAUUUUGGGGCACUGCAGUACCAACCGGGACACCACAUUCAACCGAGCGUUGCGUCGACAGAUUGUAUCGGCAAUCUGUCGCCAUUCGGGUCGAGUCUCAACAUACUGCGCUCCGUCAUUCCACAGAACAUGACCAUCUCACGGGAAGCCAAAGAAGUGCUGGACGAUGUGUUUCGAUGGCGCAUUCUACCAUCGAACGCACCGGCCGAACCGUCCAUGAUCUACGGCGCAGUUCAUCUGGCACGGCUCAUUGUAAAGCUACCCGAAUUCCUGUCCGCAACAGCAAUGGCCGAUGAGAAGCUAAAGCUCCUGCUCAAGUUCUUGGACAUCUUUGCCGAAUUUAUCGAGGAACACGAGGAAUGGUUUGGGAAACAGUUUUACUUCAGCCUUAGAGACAGUGAAGGUGGUGUGUGAUUGUGCCCGGGGGCCGUGAUGCUUUUGCGGAAAAGUUUAUGAGAGGGUAACUGUACCAAUGGAUCAAAUCGAAUAAACAAGACUUAACAUAUUAAUAUUUAA